CCCAUUUCCGAGAGGGAGUCACAAGCGGUCACCGAGCAGGAGUCAGAAGUCACCACUGUGGAGCAGCUGCUGUCUCGCAUCUAGUUGGGAAGCUAAUUGACUUCAGACAGACUUGCCAGAUCCCGUCAUGGUUGUCACGUUCUUCCUACUCCUGAGCAGUCUGGGCCUUGCCAUUCAAGCUCAAAACUGCCCCGUACCAGUAGGAGGACCUCAUAUGACAUUGAAAGGAGAGGACAUUCUUUUGCAAACAUUCCCAGAUGGGACCCAGGUUUCUUUUGCCUGUGAUGUUGGCUACGUAUCUGCCGGAGGGUCUCCAAUCAUUACUUGUACUGCUGGCAGUUGGAGUACUGUGAGGCUGACAUGCGAGAAGAGUAACUGUGGCCCUGCUGGAGAAGUGCUAAAUGGAAAUGUUGAUUACCCUGAAGGGACAGAAUUUGGUGCUCAACUAGUGGUGACCUGCAACCCUGGUCACAAAUUGGUUGGAUCGUCCAAAAUCCUUUGCGGAGCCCAAGGUUGGAUGGACAGGUUGCCUGAAUGUGAAGUGGUGACUUGUGAUAAGCCAGUUCCGGUAGUGGCUGGCUCUUUCAGUCCAAGCAAAGAAGUCUAUGAAUACAGAGAAGUUAUACAGUACACUUGUGAAAAAGAUUAUACACUCAAUGGAUCAAAAUCAGCAUCCUGUUCAGAGAAUGGAAUGUUUAAGCCUGCUCCUCCAAAAUGUAUCAAGGUUCAAUGCGAAGACCCCACAAUAGCGUUUUCUGAAUUUGUUCAGGGGUCUCGGCCCCCUCACGGAUACCUGGCUACGGUGACGUACAGAUGCAUAUCUGGAUACACUAUGGACGGAAAGGCCUCCCUAACAUGUGGAAUAGAUGGUCGGUGGUUACCCGGACUUCCAACUUGUCUAAGAAUACCGACCACAACUAAAUCCACCACAACUAAAUCCACCACAACUAAAUCCACCACAACUAAAUCCACCACAACAAGUUCCUCUACUACCAAGGAAACGAUUGUUAAUCCUGGCACCACCCCACCUGGCAACACUGGAAAUGGCAGGGCUAUUGGUUUGGGUGUUGGUUUGUCGGUCCUCAUUGUCAGUGUCCUCACUAUCUGUGGAUGCUAUUUCUGUGGAGUUCCAGCAAUGAUCAAGGAAAAACGACGCUCUCGGAAAGGCAAUCCUGACAAUGUCGCUUCUAAAGAAGGAGAGGAUGUAGCACUCGCGUAAGCGUCACAAUCCUGUUGCUCCAGCAUUACUUGCUCUGAAAACAGCCAUUUGAGAAGAAGAUGUCACUGGACAAGUCUUUGAAUGUACUUUUGCUGUCCACGUGCACUUGGAAGGCACAGGCUAGUGAAAUCCGCUGAAAAUUUGGUUCUGAACGGCAGUCUGAGAUUCAGAAAUGUCAGCCAAUUGAGAUCAAUCUUUUUAGUUCUGCUAUGAGCAACUACUCUUCUAAUUUGUUGACAUUAGUCUUUGACAGGCAACAGACAACUACUUUUUCUAUUGCACUUAAUUCAAUUCUUUGAUGUUUGAAAAGCCUUUCCUUUAAAACAUCACAGCAGUAUUUGCAUGCUGUAAUCAUGAAGGAAUGAGAUUCCAUGUUGAUUUAAAAUGUUUGCACUGUAGCUUAGAGCAUAGCUCAGCCUGGUCAUUUUAGAAUGACAAUGGCUUAAAAAAAAAAAUCUGUAAAGAAUGUUUCCAUGCCUGACCUUUUUUUAAAUACAGCUGUUAUGAUUAAAUUGAUCUGUGUUAAACUAUCGAGACAUUCAAAAUUGCAGUUGGAGUUUUACUUAAUUCCAGGCAAAUCCACUGUGUUCGUAUUUACUUUUAUCAGAAAUUACACUACAUUUGUGUAACUGAAAUGGAAAAAAUUAAUUCAUCAGAAAAUACAUUUAUGUAAAAGACAUUUCUUUCUGAGGCCUCCAGUCUUGUAGAGUCAACUUCCACCUUCCCACAGAAAAUAUGAGAAUCUGUAAAACAGAACCAAGUAUUGACUAAAUGUAAGGCAUGUUCCGUAUGCCUUAAUGCAGAAAGCCAAGUGUUUUAGCUUGUCAAUUAUUUUGUUUGUUAAUAAAGGCUUAUUUGUGAGCUUACCUUUGUUUUAAUGCUUAUGCUCAAUUAUUAGCCAUUUGUUUGAUGCCAUGUUUGGCACAUUGUUUUUUGUGUUGCACUAAAACGUCACCAAAUUUUGUUAAACAAAGCAUUUUUGUUAUUAUAUUCAGUUUGAUGUUUUUUGUCCCCCACACAAAUAAGCAUACUUUAAGACUAUUGGGACACGGGUAUGGUUCCUGUGGUUGCAUAAAGAUCAUCUUUAUUUAUUGAACAAAAACGUGUUUCAGAACAUCUCCGUAAAAGUUUUAAAUUAUUUGUGACAGGCUUUUAUUUUGUUGCUGCCUUUUUGUAAUGACUUCCUGCAAUAAAACCAUAACAAUGUAA